UAAUGUAAAACUGUAUCAUACAACAUGCCUAGCCUGGGCAUUCAAACAGGCCAAAGGUCCCUUUUGUUUCUAUAUCUCACCUCAUUUUGUAUCUCAGCUCGCCUGCACCUUCUCCCCCUGAUCAACAAAAAGCUGGAGCCACUUUGUAAACAGAAUCAGAAUUAAAAGAUCCUUGUCAUAUGUUUUUCAUUUCCUUUAAGAGGAGAGGAGGAUGUUGAAAUGGAGCCAGUUUUUUAAGGCGGUGGUAGCUUUCGAAGUUGAAAGACUGGAGUAACAAGAACAAGGCACGAAAGAGACUGCGCCAAAGUAUAUUAGAAUAAAACAAUCCUCAAGAUUUAAACUACAAGCACAGCCAGUGGAAUGACAAGUGCCAAGAGUUAACCUACAAGCAAUGGUGGAAACAGGAUCAGGCGUUUGCUAUAUUUUAAAAGGUUUGACUUUGUAUGGAUUUUAAAACAUCUGAAACCCAGGACAUGCACUGGCAAGAAAUAAAAGGAAGGCAAAAGGAGAAAAGUUAACUCAAUCAUCUGAAGAAAGCAGUUCUGUAGUUCUGUGACCAGCCAAAGGACUUGAGAAGACAGCAUGGGUAACUACAUGAUAAAGCAAUGUUAUGUGAUCUCUAGAAACUUUAGAAGAGAUGUGCCAAGACAGACAUAGCCAACAUGGUGAACUUUAGACAUUGUCUAAAGACUCCCAUCAGGAUUUGGAGUCUAGCAGUAUCUGGAGUGUACCACAUUGACUAUUCUCAUGUUAAGAGAAAAAGAAAACUCUUGGUACUAAUAUACAAUGGAGUGUUAGACCUGUGGGCAGAGUUUCUUUCCAUCCAUAAAAGCCCCUCUUUAUCUGAAGUCUAUCUUAAAGUGAACGGGUGAAAAAGAAGACUGGCAAAUUCAGGUUGUGCUCAAGUGCAACAAACCCACUUCCAGGAGAUCAAUAAAUAUUGAAAGGAACUGGGUGGGAAAAUUAACUGGAAAGUUUGGUAUAAUGACUGCUUGCACAGUGUUGUAUAACCUCCCUGCAAACAAUUUGUAAUGAAUGUUCAGUGCCAGGUAAUUUGGAUCCACCUUAGUGGUUGUGUAUUACUAACUUUAGAAGGGGUGAUUCCUGAAAAUCCCUCAUUGACAUAGCUACUCUAAGUUCCUCUUUUUCUCUUGACCGCUCCUUGUCUCUAUGGGAAUUGCAGAUGAAGUAAUUUUGAUUAAGUUUUGCUAGGAUUCCAGCUGUGUUUACAAGAGAAGAAUAAGCUGUCUUGCAAAGCUGGUUGGAAACCUCAUCCAAAUGAAAGAGAGGCAUGUAGUAAGAGCAAACAAGUCAGGGCCAAGUCAUACUAAAGCCAAAAAUGCCUACAGCAGAACCGGCCCACCCAUGAGGCAAGAUGAGACAACUGCCUCUGGCGGCAGGAUACACUGGGGCAGCAGAUUAUCAUCAUCAGGUGCUGCAGUGGCAGGGAUGGCUGUGCCACGCUCCUUGGAGGCCAGAUCUGUUGCCUUCUCAGCAGGCGCCACUACCCAUGCCACCGCUACAGCAACAUCUUGGCAAAUAGGUGCCACUGGUGGUCUCCCAGCCCCAGGAAGGGAAUAGUGGGUCUGCCCUCUGGGGUUUCCUGGGCUCUGCAUCAACCUGGCAUGAUUCAGAGCAGCCUCAUUCCCCCCACAAAACCUGCCAUGGCAGACUUUGACUUCCAUUUCAACCAUAGGCUGGAAAAACUACAGAUUGUUGGAGGAAAAUGCAAAGCAGUGAAUGGAUUUUCCCCACCUUGAUCCUUUGCAUAUAUGGCUUCUUCUCCAUGAUGAGACCAUCUGAGGCUUUCCUGACUCCUUAUCUUGUUGGGCCUGAUAAAAACCUGACCAUUGAUGAGGUGACACAGCACGUUUUUCCUGUUUGGACGUACUCCUACUUGGCUCUACUAAUCCCAGUAUUCCUGAUCACAGACUAUGUACGCUAUAAGCCUGUCAUUAUUCUCCAGGGAAUUAGUUUCCUGAUCACCUGGCUACUGCUUUUAUUUGCAUAUGGUGUGCCUGCCAUGCAGCUGGUGGAAUUUUUCUAUGGCAUGGCGACUGCCACAGAGGUUGCCUAUUAUGCCUACAUAUACAGUGUUGUCAGUCCUGACCAUUACCAAAAAGUCACUGGCUAUUGCAGAAGCAUCACUCUAGUGGCAUCCACAAUAGGUUCCUUGCUGGGCCAGCUUCUAGUCUCUCUGGCCCAUGUCUCUUAUUUUUACCUCAAUGCCAUAACCAUGGCCUCUGUCUCUGUGGCCUUUAUGUCUUCAUUUUUUCUACCCAUGCCUCAAAAAAGUAUGUUCUUUCAUAGAACGUCUUCCCCAGAAGCAUCCAUCGGACCAACAGAUAAGGAUCCACCAAAUGUCUCCGGCCAGCCUAGCCACCAAUGGGAUCCGUGUGUUCCAACAACAUCAUCCGACAACUUCCAGAAUGUGCCAGUAGACCAACUGCCCAAAAUAAAAGACCAGAAUCACUUUCUGACUGUGCUUCUCCAGCUCUGUAAAGACUUGAAGGAAUGCUAUACCACAAAGAAACUUCUUUACUGGUCAAUAUGGUGGGCAUUAGCCACUGCAGGAUUUAACCAGGUUUUGAAUUACGUCCAGGUACUGUGGGAUGAUAAAGCACCUUCUCAUAGCUCUCAAGUGUACAAUGGAGCUGUUGAAGCCAUAGCAACAUUCCUGAGUUCAGUAACAUCACUGACUGUGGGAUAUGUGAAAAUGAACUGGGACCUUACAGGGGAGAUGGCGCUGGGAAUCUUUUCUGCCCUCGAUGCAGGUUCCCUGCUUUUGAUGCAUUUUACCAGCAACAUCUGGGUUUGCUAUGCUAGCUAUCUAGUUUUCAAGGCAUGUUAUAUGCUUCUUAUAACUAUAGCAACUUUUCAGAUUGCCAUCAGUCUCAGCAUGGAACGCUAUGCGUUAAUGUUUGGAUUCAACAACUUUGUUGCAUUGCUAAUUCAAACUAUUGUGACCGUCACAGUGGUGGAUUCCAAAGGACUGGGACUGGAUAUUGGGACUCAGUUCCUAAUAUAUGGCAGUUACUUUGCAGUGAUAGCUGUGAUUUUCCUAAUCAGGAGUAUUUUUACGAUAACAUCACUCAAAUGCCAAAAGGAGUCAAAGAACCUGGUUGAAAAUCUUCAGAAGACUGAGGCAGAAGAGCAGAAUGCAGUCCGCUAUGACAUAAGACUGUGACUUUAGCACCUUCAGCAAAAAAAUUACCUGAGAAUAAAGCUCAUCCACACAAUGUUAAUCAAGGAGGAGGAAGAAAUGGAAGCAAACAUGUUUGGUGCACCAUUGCAUUCCUAGUCAUUUGUGAGCCAGAGAGCAACUGCCUGGAGCAUCUUUCAGUUCCAAACCAUUUUGCCAAUUGCAUUUUUCAAUUUCAAAAAACAAAAAUUGAAUUUUGUUGGUAUGAAUCUUCAAAGGUUAGGUUUAUCAUGUAUACACAACUUAUCGGACUGAAAUUUCCAGUUCUGGUCCUUGUUCAGCAUUCCUUAGUAUGUUAAGUUCACAUUCACCAAACAAAAGGUAAAUUAUGGCUUCUAAGUCACUUGUUGCAUGAGGCAAAUCACAUGUUAAACAUUGCACUGGCACUGAACAUACUGCACAAGUGGGCAAGAGGUUUCUGGACUAUAAUCAGGGCCCUUUUGUGCGACACAUUUGUAGCUCUGCCUCCCUCUUGAAACUUGCAGCCUUUUGAAAUCAGGUGAAAACAUUGUUUUAAGAGACUCGUCGGCCCUCUCCGAUUUUCUGCUGUUUUGUGUACUUGCUAGAACUGCUUUGUUAAGCAGCAUAUAUUUCAAUGUUAUUUUCCAUAGUUUUAUUGUGAUUUGUAUAAAAUUUAUAUAGAUAUUAGUUAUCUUACAGACUCAUUAGCUGAAAAAGCAGGAAAGGAAUGGAGUAAAUAGAUAGUGUGAAUAUUAAGUAUUUGCGAGAACAUACCCUUUCAUUGUUUGAUCUAUUGUAAAUUAUCUGUGGCUACCAUGUUUUUUGGAGGGCACUAGGAGAAGGGGACGACAGAGGAUGAGAUGGUUGGACAGUGUUCUCGAAGCUACAAACAUGAGUUUGACCAAACUGCAGGAGGCAGUGGAAGACAGGAGUGCCUGGCGUGCUAUGGUCCAUGGGGUCACGAAGAGUCAGACACGACUAAACAACAACCACCAUGUUUUUUAUAGCUGAGUCAAACUUGCAUCCAAUCCUGGAGUGGCCUUAAUACAUCAGGCAAGUGUGGAAAUAGUAGGCUGAAAACUGAUGAACCUAUCCUCUAUGUAUGACAACAGCUAGAUUAAGGCCAGCAUCCUUUUUUCUUUUUUAUAUGGUGCUAAUUGAGAUUUCAGACCCAAUACUUUGGUGCAAACAUUUAACAAAUUUCAUCAUUGCAACUGUGCCAAUCCACAGUGGCAAACUAUGUUAAGUAUUGUUGAAACACUCAUUAACCCAGUCCUUCAUCUAUAAUUAAUAUUCAGGUAACCUGAGAUUUGUUAAUCUGCUACUCAAUGCAUUCUAGGAUUGCCACCCAACACAAGCAAUAAUAUUACAGUUACAUGCUGCAUCUAUUCCCACUAUAUAAACUGCAUUUCACAACCAUACCAAAUGACCAAGCCUAAUCAUGUAACUGUAUAUCAGAAAUUCAAAAUAAUGCAUGAAGGAAGCAUAGAAAACAAAGUCAAGUUAGUAUGACAUAAGAACAUUAACAUUAACUUUAAAUCAAUAAUUCUAAAGCUGUUUAUAUUAUAUUAAGUAAGUUCAAUUGUGAUAAUGCCCAAUCUAUAAGUACAUGGCAUACUAAAUAUUGUAAAAUUCUAGAAAAAAGUACACUUGCUCUAUUUUGAAGGAAAAGUGAGGCAGAAAAACAAGAGUGCUGCUCUUUACAUUCUAUGUCCAGGUGAAGGCAUGACUAUUACCAUGUUUCCAUGUAAAUAAGACCCUGUCUUAUAUUUAUUUUUCCUUAAGAAGACACAUUAUGGCUUAUUUUCAGGGGAUGUCUAAUUUUUAUUACGCGUCCAGCCUUGCCUCUUCCUUGGCGCCCUCCAGAACUGCUCCUAUAACUAUGUCUUAUUUUCGGAGUAUGGUUAUAUUGCACAAAUGCUUAGAAAUCCUGCUACAACUUAUUUUAUGGGUAUGUCUUAUUUUCGGGGAAACAGGGUACCUAUUAUUUUCCCAUGGCAGUGCCAAAAGUAGUGACUGGUGGUUAGAAGGAUUAAAUCUGCAUGAGGAAGAAAUUACAAAUCUCAGCUAUUACUUCAAUGGAAAUUGCAGCCCUCAGCUGCUUUACAGCUAAGCAAGAUAGGAGACGGCAUCCCCCAUCACAGCAUUCUCAUACGAUGUUCGUUUUGGCUCUGUGGUCAAAUGUGUGAAGUCUGCAUUUAGGUACUAAUUUUUGCUUUCCAUUUCCUGAUUUGAGGAAUGUGAUUUCCUGAUUUGAGGUAUGUGAGGGUGACAAUCAUACAAAGUAGAUAUUUUUUAGAGCGCCCCAGAAGUUUAUUGUGAACAAUAUAAUGGGAGUUUGGUCCAACUUUACAUAAGGGAAUUAAACUAGCCAGAAAAUAUCAGUUUAUUUUACCCUCUUUUUACACUCCUCAUUAAGAAGAGUUCAAAUAAGAUGCAGCAAAAGCAGUACUGGGUGGGGUACAUUUCACUGCCUUGGUUUUUUUCUGGCAAGCAAAAAACUGUGCAUUGCCAUAGUUUAGCUAAUUCUUGAACAAAAUAUUCUGUCUGCUUUAUAAGUCAACUCCCUUGGAAAGUCUACAUAUUGAAUAGCUGUUUCCAAAAAUCAUGUUCAUACUGCCUUUUGAUCCUAGGUAGAAAGCAGCAUUUACCAUCUCACACCGUUAAACUAAACGAAAGAGAAACAACUGUAUGCCAACUGUAGUAAAAUACAGAACUUUUGUUUAUUACCAUUACAGAAGCUUAGAGUCAACGUAUUAAAGUAAAACCCUCUAACCUUCAAUGAGUAUUGUACAAAAUACACAGGAUAUGUUGAGCAAACUGCUGCUAUGAUUCAAGUAGUCACAAACUAUCGCAACAGGUGUCCAGCCUCUAACAAGGCCUAUUAAGUUCUUGCACCCUGUCAUGGAGACCUCAAAAUAAGUUUAACAGAAACCUCGGGCAACAUCCAACAUUCUGGAUCUGUUAAUGCAGAGUUGUCCACUUCCAUAAUAUAACUCUUCCUUCUUCUUCAAUGCAGUUCUCUGCAUGCUCUCAAAAUCAGCUCUGGUUUGGAGGACUCUCCAGAGUAGAUUUGGGAGGCAUGAAGAGGAAAGGGAAGGCCUAUUGCACAAGCAGAGUUCUGCUUGCAGUGCAUGGGAUACCGGCCUAGAUCAAUAAAUCAAACAAUGUGUGUCCCACCAGAGUGGGAUUCUUCAUGAAUAGAAUUGAGCAAGAAGUUAAGUAGGUUCUAUACUGCCCAUCUAAAAUCAGAUUAGCUAUAGUGUUCAAAAUAAUGACGUUGAUAUUUUGAUAUUUUCCAUGAGCCACAGAAAAUGUCGCAUGAGCUCCAGAGUAAAAAAGUGGGCAUCUCACUGAAAGCAAUUAGUAUCUUAAGUGAGAUACUUCAAGACAACAGGGCUCAUUCCUUUCCCCGCUACUCCUUUCCCCAUUCCUCUGUUUUUUACAGAGCUUUCCUUCCUCACUCCAACAGUCUCAGCCCUACUCCUGCAGCUCAUUGCAAUGCAGUGGGACUCAGUUUUCCCAUCAUGUAACCUGAUUUGUAGAUGGCUUCUCCACUCUACUGCUCACUGAGAGGUGGCAGGGUCUCUUUAUACAAACACACCUUUUGGAUCCCCCCCAAAUCUUUUCUCCUCUCAGGGCUCACUGUGUCAUCUUCUCUUCCUCCUCUUUCACACAAACUAUCAAAGAGGAAGCGACACGUGCGGCUGACUGGUCUUGUGAUAUCUGUAAACCUAUAUAAUGUUGUGCACAGGCUGGGGUUCCCCGCACCAGCUUUAUUGGUUGAUCACCAGGAGAUUUUUCAACAUUACCAAAAGCAGCUGUGGAAACGCACCCUGGAAGGAUUCCUAAAGAUUUAACAAAAUUGGUUAGUGCAAAUGCCGACAAAGACAAACACAUUUUUUCCUAAUAUUUAUUUUUUUCCACCUGCAAACUGUAGCAAAACAUGA